AUGAACCGGAUGACGAUGCUGAUGCAGGCGCCACAGCCGCCGCCGAGGAGCAUCUAUUCCUACGCCGCGACUUCAAGUGAAGGUAAAAAAUGAGUAGGAUUAUUGGAAAAUCGGACUAUUCAUUAAAAUUGUCACUGAAAACCGCAAAUGGAUCUGUGAGUGUUGAGUGGAAUCAUUAGAGAAUCGAACUAUAGAUUUAAAAAUAUAUCUUCAUGAUUUUUACGUUUCGCAAGACAAGGUUUUAUUUGACGUGAAAUAUUAUUUUUUUUUCCGAAUACGUAGAAAUGACAGCAUUUCUCCCAACUACUCUGACACUCCCUAUAGCGUUUUAAAACUCAAAUUGAUGAUUGAAACCUCACAAAAAUACCACCAAAGGAGGCUGUGACUGCUGGCAUAAUCAUUAGGUAAUCGGAUUAUUAAUUGAAAUCUCUUUCAAAAUGCAAAAAAGUUUGUUACAGUUGAAAAUAAUCGUUAGAGAUUCGCAAAUUUAAUAGAAAAUCUUCCGAGAAGCACAAAAAGAAUCCUUCAGUGACUGGUAAGAAGAAUCACUAUAGAAAGAUAUCAUUAAUUAAAAUUUCUUUAAAAAAAAAUUUUUUUGAUUUACUAUACCCGGCCGUCUUUUUGAGGUUAAACUAUUCUUAUAUUUCAUUUUUCGAAUUCCACUCUUCCUCGUUAAGUUAUUGAGUUCCUUACUCCCUCACGAAUUUACUAUACUGAAUAUUCAAUUCAAAAUCGAUACUUUUUUUUGGCAGUAUUCCCAUAGUGAACGAUUUUUUGUCCUCUUAUUGGUCAUGGGUUAUCAGCGAAAUUCAAAAAACUUCCUUACUUAGAUAAUUUAUAUUUAUCCUUUGACAGUCCAACGUCGCUGGCAAUGCUCUCAGAGUGAACUCAGAAAACGAAGUUUUUGAUUGCAGAUACCCAAAACCCAUCUUAACAUAGGUUAAAACCCUAGAAAAGCCUUGAUUUUUCAAAAAAAAAGAAACAUCAACCAUCAUUUAAAAGUUGGAGAGCCUUCAUAUAGGCUUGGACAGAAAAGGCGUCUCAAGACGCUCCAGGUGACAGUCACGGCAAGUUGCCGGACGGAUUUCCAUCUUUGGGCUCUCUGACCCCUAGAAUACUAUUUCUCUGCUCCGCCUCUUCUAGACAGUCUGGCCAGCGGCCCUCCGCAGAUUCACACGAGCAACGCCGACGCCGCCGGCUCCUCAUUUCACUUUCCUUAUCUUUUUCCUUUUUUUCGGUAUUUCAUCAUUCAAACGAAUAGUUUGAUCAAGUUAUUAUGAAAACUGUGGACUUACUUUAGAAUAACUGAUCCUGAAGGGAUUUUUCGACAUUCCCAAAAACUUGAAUUAAAAUUUAAUAUUGAAAGAGAACCUUAAAAUAACUUCAUCAAAUUUCAAAAUUCACUUUUCCCGUUUUCUGAUCUUUCAUAAGUUAAAUUGGUCCCUACCGGAGUUUUUCAUAUUUUUAAAAGUGAGUUUAACUUUUAAAAAAAAUUAUAAGUGCGCUAGAAUUUCCUCAUACCUCUACCUCUAUAUAUAAAUGAAAGAAAGGAGCGGAAUUUUUUGAAAAUUCAUACUUUUCGAGCUUUUCAGGGUACUUACCUUGAAGUGAGAUGGCAGAAAAUAUUCAAUAAUGGAUCAAUAUUUUAUUCAAGCCUUUUUUGAACCUAUCUUCAAAAAUCCAGAAAAGAAACCCACGAAACUUUAUCUAAUGGUCAUCAAAGUUUCAAAUUCCAAAAAAGUUGUGUUCCGAAAAAAAAAAAGAUUGAACUUUUAGAUAGUCGCGUACCACAAAGUUUUUCGGUCAUUCUUAACGGUUUUUCUUCCUUUUUGAACUAAAUCUUCAAUGAAUGGACUAUUUUUUUGUUAAUAAUCAUAGAUAUCAGAUAUCAUCGAAGAAACUUGAGGGAAGGAUUUUUAUAAAGAAGAUUUUUUUCAUGAAUUUUUAAAAACGAUACCAUUUUUGGUUAUCAUUUUUUACGUAUUAAAAGCGACUGUGGGAAAGUGGAAAAAAAUUCAAGUUUUUGCUCAUUUUUUUAAUCUAAGCCUCCAAUAUUUUUUUAAUAAAACUCUUGGAAUUUAGCAAAUUUGGUAAGAGAGCUGAAUGAACUAUUAUUUGAUCUUCCUCUCUUUUUUAUGAGAUAAUCAAAAUAGAAAAAAAUUUUUGAUUCCAUUUGUUAUGGAAACCAAAAAUGAGUCAUUGUUUUUGUCUUUGUACAUUGAACUUAAAACAACCAACAAAAAGAUUAUUUGAACUUUUGGUAAUAUAAACACAAACAUGAGCAUUGUUCAGCGGAAAACAUUUCCUUUUUCUUCUUUUCAGUGAAUGCCUGUGUUAAAGUGUCUACAGUCAAUUAUUGUACAGUAACCCAAGAAAAAAAGGAUGAAGAUUUAGAAAAAAAUCAUCUUUGAUUUUUUUGAAGUAGUUUUCAUUUCUGUAAAAAAAUCCAUAAGAUUUAGAGGGAAGUUUUACGGAAAAUAAUGGACUUGAAAGAUGAAAAAAACUCAAAUUUUUCAAGUCUCUUUUUUUCUCCUCAUAAACUGACGCCUCAACUCAACAACUCUUCAACGAUAUUUGUCAAAAAAGAGACAUGAUCAACUUCUUUACGCUUUUUGAGUUCCCAAGAGGUUCCCAUGGAAUCUUAAGAAAAACAUUCCUUUUUGAUCCAAAACAACGGAAAACUUCCGAGCAGCACAAAGAUGGGAAUCUGUUGGGUUUUGAGAAGAGAGAAAGAAAAAAACAGAUGCGAACGAAGGAACCGAAACCCCCCGAAAACAUCGUUAAACGGACAUCUGCUCUGCCUUGUUUUUCUUUCUUUUUUUUCAGUGGUUUUUCUUGGAAAUUUUAAUGUCGUGUUUUCCUUAUUUGGUUUUCUGAAGUUUCAGGCUCAAUCUUAAGAGAAAAGUUUCGGAUUUUCAAGCCAGUUCGAAGUAAAAUGAAAAAAAUUUUCCUUUUCAAAUUCCUUUUUUAUGGCCCUGAUAAUAAUAAUAAUUCAUGCACUGCCAUGGUCGUCUUUGAAUAUUAUAAAUUCCAAAUAAACUAUUUUUCUAGUCUUCAAAACUUUAUACUGACAAUUCUCAAGAUAAUUCAUCAAAAUUGGAUAGUUAUUUUGAGCUUUUCACGACUUUUCGGUUCUUUAUUCUUUUAUAACCUCUUAUAGUAAUUGAAAAGUGCUAAAUUUCCUAUUCUUAUUUUCAAUUUUUUUUUUCAGUAACCAUCCAGAGGAAGUUAGCGAGGCUUUUAUAGAAUUCCAAAUGUCAGAGUGGACUCUUAAGAGGUCUCAGAACAUUCACAAUCUGAAGAAACCUGAAGUGACCACUCAAUUGAGAGCCUCUCUAAACUGCGAUUCAAACGUCUUCUAAAAGCCUCAAAUUUUUUUCUAAGAUUUUCCCUUGAGUGGCUUCUCACCAACUCAGAUUUAUUUUUUCAUUUUCCCCGAGGGCCAUUUUAUUGUAAUAAAAACAAAAAAGCUAAUAAUAAAAACCUUCUUUUAGAAUCACGCGCGACGCGAUUUUUGUUGUGUUAUUUUUGUCCCGGCGUUGCUCAGAAAAUGCCACGCCCCCUUUCGGAAAUCGAGAAAAAAAACCGUCGAGGAACACAUCAUUCGAAAUGGCACACCAUCCUUUAUCCAACUCAAUUCUUGCUUUUUUCUCUUUUUUUUCUUGUCCUACAGUACUUUGGGCCUGGGAUGGAGAAUUUUUCGAAUUCUAGAGUGGUUCCUAGAGGGGUUAGGAAGAAAAAGGCUCAUAUAGGGGACGAAAAAAUGAUAUCUGUAGGGGUGAAAUUCAGGUGGCCCUUAUAGGGGUUCAGGGUCGGACCUCUCAGUCCUUAAAGCUCAAAUGGUCCCUAUAGGGGUCUUCCAAUUUUAUUCAAAAAAACGCCGAUUUAUUUAACUAAAUUAAUUUUUUUCGUAUAGAAAUGCUUCUUUGCACAGAAUUCAUGAAAAAUUAUCGACUAGCAUGUCUCCUAUAGGGGCCACUUGUUCAAGCGUUAAAGGUCCCCGUAGGGGUUGGCAAAAGUGGUUCCUAGAGGAGACCCUCCAAGGUUGCCCCUGUAGGGACCACUCUGCAGUUCCUAAGUUCCGCUUAGUGCAUUAUUCAACGUUUUAUGAGAUAAAAUGAGAAAAAUAGGGUUUUUAGAAUGAAACAAUGACAGUACCUACCUUGGAACCUUGAAAGAAGUGGCUGUAAUUUCGCGAAGUUUUUUUAAAUUAAAAAAAAAAAUUUUUUUCUUUAUUUACUCUUCGUUGUUGUUUUUCGCCAAAAAGCUUCAAAAUUUACAAAAAAAAUAUGUGAGACGUUUGAGUAAAUAUUUGCAUUUUUUUGAAGCUUCCUCAAGAGAAACAUCGCCAGGCAUGCGGGCGCGGAACAACUCGGGAAGUUCGCAGCGUACCUCGCCGUCCUUCCUCAACGGUUUGUUAAGAUUUAAUGCUUUUUUGAGGUAUUUUUCUUUUAGAAAAUUGAUGAUUUUUAGCUACAGUAAGGUCUGACAAGGAAUUUCUUCUUUUUCUACAAUUUAAAAACCUUUCUUUAUAAUUCACAGUCUUCCUAAAUAUGCGACAGCCGUGGUCAAUGGGCGUGGCUGACUGCAAGAGCGGCACGGUUUAUUGCAAUAGGGGCGCGGGGAUAAGAGUCGAAUUAUGCGCAUUCAGUAGAUAUAAAAAGAGCGUUCAAUGCCGUUUUUUCUUGUUUUUCGCAUUUUUUUUCAAAGGACUCUGAUGUGUAUCGAAAUACAAGAAAUAGUUUUUGCGAAAUAAAAUACCCGCCAAAAUGUUUAAUAAUGCGAUAUUUUUGGAAUUGACGCCAAAACGCAUCGCAACCGCUUUGCACGCAAAGGCUCUCUGCGUUUCAUCCAUAAAAAAAAAAAUAAAAGAGGAGGGCUAUUUUUUAUAGAAAAGAGCUGAUUAAUAACGUUCAUCGUCUGAUAAAAUGAGAUAAAGUUUACAGGCGUUCGUGGACUUUUGCACCGUCCGCGCAGCGAAAGCCUCGGCGAGAAAAUGUUCCGACGCGCUGAGGUCAUGCGUCGCGUUCAGGUAAUCAAUGAGAACAAUUCUGAAGAUUUAAAGUUUAUCUAACUCUGGCUUUUCAAGCAAAAAAUUGUCCGGAAGUUUCAUAUUUUUUUCGGAGUUUGCUCAUUGAGAAUCCGAAACAUUUAACAAUAAUUAGUUAUUGAGAGGGGAAAUUUUAAAGAAUCAUUGUAACUAGUUAUUCAAGAUUUUGAGCAAACCGCGUAAUUUGUUGUUUUUAAUGUAUUCUGAGUUUUAGGCCGACUUUUUUGUUGAAAAACUGGAGCGAAUAACAAGGAAAAUGGGAUUUAUUAUCCAAAUUUGGAUCGAAAGCUCGUUUCUGAACUUAAAAUCCACACAAAAACCAAAUUUGAGGCGUAAAAAACGAAGAUAGAGAUCAGCGGCGGCUUGAAGAGACGCCAGAGAGGCAGAGUGGCUUUUCUUCUCUGCUGUCUCUUCUGACCGCCGCUGCUCUCUUAUUUCUAUUUUUCCGGUGUUUUCAUGCAUAACUAGGCCUCUCAGUGAACACUUCUUCAUUUUCAAUCUUUUAAGGUUUUUAUUAUUUAUAGAAAGCAUUCAUUUUCUAGGUCGCCGAGUGCAGCGUUGACCAGGUCUAUGACCUCCGGGACAUGAAGAAAAAUCUCUACGAUGAUGAGGUUUUUUCAAAACUGCAAUAAAUACCUUAGUUUCUGAAUUUGUAGGCGGCCUUCCGUCGACCUCGAAGCAACAGCUCCGAUUUUCUGAUUUUGCGCAAGACUUCUCGUCCUCUUUCUGUUCACGUUGUUGGUCUUGUCGGUAGGUUUUCAUCGAAGUUAUUAGUGAGACUAUAUUUUUUAAUCAAUAUAUAAGAAACUUCCUGAAAGAACUUUUUUUGCAGACGCCCAAUGCGAUCCGUACCGUCAGUACAUGAAGGUGGUGGACUGCUACGAGUUGAGUCCGUCGAUGAACCGCGUCAUCGCCAUCGACUUCAAGCUUCCUGUUGGUUUUUGUAUCAACUAACGGUGUGGGAAAACUUUUGGAGAAAAAAUUCACAAAAAUACUUUAUCGUAUUGAAAAAAGACAUUAAAAUGUUUCAAAGAAAAAAAUUCGCAGUGUUUUGAUCACUUUAGGUGCCACUUAGCUUUCUUUAUUCUUUUUUGAGGCUCAACGAUUUAUAUUGCAAUAUUUUUCCAGGUUCGCAACGCAUUCGAAGUGAUGCGGGAGUUCAACCUGGCCGCUUUGCUCGUCUGGAACAGCGAAGAACAAGUGGUCAGUCUGAGCAAGUUGUUCAGCUCCAACUCUCCUUGGUUCAGAUGUCGUCAAUCUUGACGCUGACCGACCUUCUGGUUUGCCUUCGCGAAGAUCCACAGAAGACGCUGGAGGCAUUGGAAAACGAGGCGAAGAAGUCGGAAACUGCGGAAAACGACGAGAAGAAGGAGAAAGAGGAUCUCCGCGUCUGCGAUAUUCUCUCUGGCAAUCAGCUCGUUUCUGUUUGCGCCACUGAUAAGUUCGUUUCAGAAUUCCUUUUUUGAAGUUUUAAGAAGUUUGGAAAAGGAAAGCAUGUAUUAUGGCUCUUUUUGGACAGCCUUGAAAGUUGACAGUUCCCAGAACGGAUAGAAAUAACAAAAAUUUGAAUUUUGAUGCGAUCGAAAAAAAUUUCGUAGUAGACUUUGCAGACGAUUUUGGAGGUCGCUUUUUAAACUCCCCAAUAAAUUUAAGUUAAAUAACCCUGUAAUUAAAAAUUUUAUUUAUUAAAGGAAAAAUUGAGUUUUUCUAACUGACAUGCAAAUGUUACGAUUUUCAACCAAUUUAUUUUUAUUUUGAAUUUCCACGUUUUCCCGCUCAUGAUUAGAGUUAGAUGAUCUUUGAUUUUUCUUGUUCAGUGAAAAACAAAAAAAAACUUUUUUUCUCAGGAUUCUGAACGCUUGUGAGGUGAUCCGCUCGAACAAGGUUCAUAGGCUUCUGGUGAAGGACGAGUCUGGAAACGCUCUUUAUUUCCUCACGAACCGUCGCGUUCUUACUGCAAUCCAUAAGCAGGUAUGGUAGUUGGACGAUGAAAUUGCUCAUUUUAUAGUUUUGAUAAUAAUAAUAGUAGAAAUCAAUUUAAAAAGGAACAGUAGUUAUGAGAAAGGAAUUUGGGUGCUUGAAAAAACCCGAUUUUCCAACAUUACAAAACCGAGACUGAUAUUGUUAUGUUUUGUGUAGGCUUUCCAUUGGAAAGUCUUAAAACCUCAAAAAAAUAAAAUAAAAAUUUCCAUUCAUUUCCGGCCCGAUUUCUUAAAAUUGCUAGACAUUAACUUUUUUUUCUCAUAGACGUCCUAACCUUUCGACAUGUUCUAAUGUAAUUUUCCUGACGAUCUCACAAAAUUCCAGAAUCGCUCUCUUCACUUUGCCCAGUGGCUGAGCCGACCCAUCGGCAAGAGCACGAUUGGCACCUGGGACAAUAUCCGAACGGUAAUCGGCUUUCCGUGGAGUGACUCUGAAGAAUAAAUUCGAUUUCAGAUCCCGAAAACGGCGACAAUCAUGCAGGCCGUAGAUGGAAUGCUCGGCUACCGUUUCUCGGUCCUGCCCGUGGUUGACGAACAGAACAAGGUGUGCUCAUCAAAAAUUGAGUGAGAACGAACUUUAGGCAAUUUUAAAAUGUUACCAGUAUUUCCAAUAUUGCAGUUGAAGCAUUUUAAAAUUGAUUCAGACCCUUGGAGUUAUUACGAAACGCGACAUCGCUGCGCAGAUCCCUGCGAACCAUUCCAAUCCGAGGGAAUGGAUGGAGACGACCAAAGUCGAAGACAUCCGACAGCAUUGCAACAACCAUAUCUUCGUAUCUGGAAAAGGUUUUUCUUCGUUUUUUUUCUUGUUCAGACCUGUGAGAAGGAUAGCCAAAGCAGUGGUUAGAGCAGGAAGCUUUAUAAAAAAAAACCCAUCUUUAGUACUCAGUGAAACUUGUUGUUUUUGAGCGCAGCAACUUCAUUUUGCUCAUGUGAGCCAUUGAGUACAAAAUUUGAAACUUAAAUGAAAAGUAUGAGUUUAUUCAGGCGCCGAAAUACUUUCUUUGAUUUUUGAAGUUAAAAUAUACUUAUAUCACAUCCCGCACAAAAUUGAAUGCUUUUGUCAUUUUUUCGAGCUUCUCUGCGCCCUCCUUUUCUCUCGGCAACGCUCUCAUGAUAACUUGCUAUCUUCGUGUUUCUCUGACCUUGGGAGGGAAUAGAAACGUAGAAACUCGAAAAAUUUCAAGCCGCGCCGACCGGGCUAUAAUUAUAAUAAAGAACUUUUCAGAUACCACGGGUUUCGUCCUUGACGCUCUUCUUUCGGGCCGCUCUCGUUGCGCUUUCAUUAUUCAGGACCACAAGGUAAAUAUUUAUAUUUUUCUCCCAAAAAAUUAACUUCCAAUGUAAAAGCUAAAGAACGGCUCCAAGUUUGAAUGGAAUAAAAAGGAGAAAAAAAAAUAGAAACCUAAAUUGAUGGAAAAUCCAAAAAAUUGAGGUGAUCGGAGCGAUUUCGCUGUCGGACGUGCUCGGCUACCUGCUCCGCGAGGAAAGCCAGCCGCCGACUCCAGACUCGGGAGUGACGUCAUCGAGCAGCAGCACCGAGAAUGUUCCCGCCAAGGAGUGA